GCGGCGGCGGCGUGUGUGAGCUCUCCAGACUCCUCUCCUCCACGCCACGGCGAACGGCGGCUCACGCGGCCCGGCCUCACCCCACUCGUCGUCUUCCCCCUCCUCCUUCCCGCCGUCGUGGAGAGGAGGUCCCCGCGGCUGGCGCCCGUUGCUCCCAGACGCGCGAGGUGGUUGUUGCGCUGAUUUCGUUGUCUCGAGUGCUGCUCUAGGGUUCGGAGGGAGCAGAGCCGGCUGCCGGUAUGUUUGGCAGGAUCUCCCGGCUAGGGAUGCGGCUGCUGCGCGAGGGUAGGGCCGAGACGAGAGCAGGAAACUUGCUCAGCAGUCGAGGCAGUUUGUAUCAAGGUCAUGUCGUCCAGCAUUCGAGUCCAGUUGUAAUUCCUACUGUACAAUCGUCGAGGAACGUCCUCUUUUCAACUGCAACAAGUGGUGAUAAGGAUGAAAGCAAUCAGGAGAAGGAGAAAAUCUCUGUAACAUUUGUCAACAAGGAUGGCUCAGAAAAGACGAUCAGUGUGCCCAUUGGAAUGUCCAUGUUAGAAGCUGCUCAUGAAAAUGACAUAGAGCUUGAAGGAGCAUGUGAAGGCUCACUUGCUUGUUCUACUUGCCAUGUAAUAGUUAUGGAUGUAAAUGAUUAUAACAAGUUAGAAGACCCAACAGAUGAAGAAAAUGAUAUGCUUGACCUUGCAUUUGGGCUCACAGAAACAUCGCGGCUAGGCUGCCAAGUGAUCGCGAAGCCUGAACUUGAUGGCAUGCGGCUGGCGUUACCUGCAGCCACGAGGAACUUCGCGGUAGACGGCCAUGUACCAAAACCACACUGAAGAGACUGUCUUCUACGGGUGCACGGAUUCUUACAUCAGUCAAUUUUGUAGCCUACAAUUUGUAACUUGAUGAUAUUUUUGGACUUUCUUGUUGAGCGAGGGUUCGCUCGUUGACGAGCUCCUCGGUUACUUGAUUGCAGAGACCAGUGUUUGAUCUGGUCGAAUAAACAUCUCCGUUCUGUAUGAGCGUACUGGAAAAUGUGGGCACCGUAUUGUUUCCCGAUAUUUGGUCCUGUGCAGCAUUUGCUGCUGCUGUCACAGGAAUAGAUAUGCCGUGUUAGCCAGUUGUUGA